AAAAAAGCAAGCAAAAUGGCAAAAAAAGCAAAACGGCAAAGAAAGCAAAGUGGCAAGAUAGAAAAGCAAAACAAAAUAGCAAAGAAAGCAAAGCGGCAAGAAAAGAAAAGCAAAUAAAGCAGCAAAGAAAAGCAAAGCAGCAAAGAAAAGCAAA